AUGCCUCUCCCAUCUCUCUUCGGGGCGCUCUUCCCCGCCUUCCACCUCCACUCCUGGGCCCACAUCGCACUCUCCCUCCUCGCCCUCAUCGCUGCCACCCUCUUCGCCGCCUACCUCUACGCCUAUCCCAUCCGUCUCGCAAGGCUCCACUUCUACAACCUCCCAGCAGGCCCAGAACCAGAGAGCUUCCUCUGGGGUUCUCUGCCAACCCUCCUCAAGUCGGAACCCAACGUGCCACAGGGGGAAUGGACCGCCAAGUAUGGCCACACCAUCCGCUACCGUAUGCAGCUCGGUGCCCCGAGGUUCAUGACGCUCGACGCCACCGGUCUCAACUACAUCCUCUCUCAUCCAGACGUCUUUCCCAAACCAGACGUUACCAGACGUGCUCUGGCCGACAUGCUUGGAAACGGCCUCUUGACCUCGGAGGGAGAGGACCACAAGCGACAAAGACGUGCCCUCAACCCUUCUUUCAGUGUCGGCGCCAUCAAGAACAUGGUGCCUACAUUCUACGACAAGGCAUACGAACUGCAAGCCAAGCUGCUUGCUCUUGUGGAAAAUGACGACCCUUCCGAAAAGGCGUCGCCAACUCCGGCAAAAGAGGAAGAUUUUGUGCCUGGCGGCAAGAAGAUCGACGUAAUGAGGUACCUCGGCAAGACUACGCUAGAUGUCAUCGGCGUGACUGGAUUUGGUUACGACUUCAAAACCUUGUCUGAGCCAAACAAUGCUCUGUCCGAUGCGUAUGCCCAGAUGUUUACCGCCGGCAUGAACAUCACCUUCAAGGACUUUGUUCUCAACAGGAUUCCGCUAAUCAGGCAUAUUCCUACCGAAAAGUCGAGAAUUAUUGCCAGCAGCAGAAAGAUUACGCGCGAUAUGGGAGCUAAACUCGUCAAGGACAAGAAAGAGGUCGUUAUGGCGUCUUUCGGCGACGAUUUGGAAAAGGGACAAGAUAUUGGAAAGGAUCUCUUGUCCAUUCUCAUUAAAGCCAACAUGGCUGCGGACCUCAAGCCGGAACAGAGGCUCACAGACGAAGAAGUGUUGAAUCAAAUCACGACUUUUAUGCUCGCUGGUAACGAGACCACUUCCACAGGCUUGAGCUGGACGCUUUACAAUCUUGCUCUCAACAUGGAUGUUCAAGCAAAGCUCCGCGAAGAGGUCAUGUCUAUACCUGACGAGAGACCUGACUUGGAAACACUCAACUCUCUGACGUAUAUGGACGCCGUGCUCCGGGAAGCGCUCCGUCUCUGCCCUCCAGCACCAGGUACCAUCCGACAAGCCAAGGAGGAUGUUGUCAUCCCCUUGGGUGUACCUCUGAAAGGCAGAGACGGAACGAUGAUGGAGAGCGUGGGCAUCAACAAGGGGACAAUGGUAUUCAUCCCGAUUGCCAACGUCAACUGCUCUGAAGCUAUCUGGGGACCGAAUGCGAGCAAGUUUGACCCUUCCCGAUUCUUGUCCUCUUCGACAGAAGUCAAGCCCACACACGUCCCGGGUGUGUGGGGCAACCUCUUGACUUUCUUGGGGGGUACGCGAAACUGUAUCGGUUACAAAUUCGCCUUGGCGGAGAUGAAGGCUAUACUGUCUGUGUUGAUGAAGAACUUUGAGUUCCAAGAGCUCAAGAGUAAGCCGGAAGUUGAGAAGAGAUCUGCUGUCGUUAUGCGUUGUAGGAUCAAGGGGGAAGAAGACGCAGGAUUGCAGAUGCCCCUGAUGGUGGUUCCUUUGGAAGCAGUCUAG